AUGGCUGAGCAACCAAAACUGCUCCACAGACUUCUGCUUCCUAAGCUGCUGUCUAAACUGUCUACACCAAGGGAGAAUGUUGACAAAGCAGGAAGGCUUUUUGGACAGUAUCCUGCUAGAGCAGUGAAGAGUACAAAUAAUGAAAAUGGAAAAGAAGGGUCUGGCAGUUGUCAAGGGCUGGUCAGGCAAACAGACAUUUCCCUCAGCAAUGAACAUGUAUUUCAGAGUCUCUUCAAAAUCCAACGAAGGUUACAGAGGGAGGUCUUAAAACAGUUGAACAGCAUGGGAGAGUGGUACUUUAUGAAGCUGAUUCAAUUUAUAUGUCUCUUUUGGGCCUACUUUUUGUUUCAUCUUCCAGACUUGACCCCUUUAAUGGUUACCUUUGUCUGCCUUAAUCUGUCAUUCAAGAACUUACUCUUCUUUCCUAUACAGGUGUUGUUUUUAUUAGAAGAUCUCUAGUAUUUGGAUGUUGCCUAUGAUGAUACUAACUUUAUUCCUAAUGACAUCAAGAACCUCAGUUACUUAAAAAUUGUGUGUUUGAACUCUGCAAAGAACCAACCCUCUUCUUUGCAGAUUUUGAAUCUUCCACUAAAAUUCCUCCAAUCAAAAAAUAGCUUCAUACACCCUUUGUUCCAGAAUAAUAAUAUGCAGAAUUAGCCCAAAAAGCUCACUCAUGUGGCUGCUAUUUACAAAACAAAAAAAAAAAUAUUGGAUGAUUUUACUGCCUGUGAUUGCUGCAGUGGACCUUGAUAUGGCAAAGGACUUCAGCUCAAUUACAGGAACAUACUUAGAUUUGGAAGACUUCCCUUUUGUUUCCAUGCUUGCUCAUCAUUAUAGUACAGAAACCUCAUGUCUCAGACUGAGCCUUGUCUCCUAUGCCUUGUGGAAAGUGAUCUGGAUUGCAGCAGAGGAACUGUGAAUGGGAUAAAAUAG